AUGUUUGCUUUGCCCGUCACUUCAGAGAACACAGACAACCUCUUUGGUGAGGAUGCAGUUCAGGCAAAAUCUGGUGAAAAUGAUGGGAAAGAUGAGUGGGAUAAGAGUGUGGCAGGAUCAUUUGGUAAUACGACAUCAACUAAUUUGGGGUGGGAUUCUGUAUCCUCUUGGUCGACUGGGUUGACCAAGGAGCAUUUUGAUGGUGAGGCACCCCCACCUAGUGGAGGAGACACGUCACAUUCUUUGGUAAUCUUUGGAUUGCAAGAAAUUGAUGAUAGGUUGAAAGAAUUAGAGGCGAAAAAUCGAAAGAGUAAGGCAUUUGUGGAUGGGUGGGGUGAGAGGAUGCGGGAGAUGAGUGUGCUAUUGAAGCAAGUAAGAGAGCCUGGUGCUAGAGGGUCUUAUCUAAAGGACUCAAAGAAGGCUGAAAUGUAUCGCUUGCACAAACAGAACCCCGAGGUGUACACAGUCAAGAGGCUAGCCAAGGAUUAUAGGAUUAUGAGGCAGAGAGUGCAUGCCAUUCUUUGGUUGAAGGAGCUUAAGGAGGAAGAGGAGAAAAAGCUUCGGUAUCCUUUGCAUGAUUAUGUUGAGCUCUUGCUUGAUACUUGUCCUGAAUAA